AUGACUGGCUGUGGCAACGCCGAAGGCAGCCAUCGAGAAUGGAAGCGUGGUAGCCGCCUCGAUCCACAUGCCAUCAUCCCGCUUCGGAUUGGCUUGGCACAAAGCAACAUCCAUCUCGGCUAUGAGAAGCUGAUGGAAGUUUCCGAUCCUUCAUCAGAAACAUUUGGCAAGCAUCUUAGCCAGGACGAAGUUCAUGAUCUCUUUGCACCGGCGCACGAGACCUUCGACGCUGUCCACUCUUGGUUGGUGGAGUCUGGCGUAAACGCCUCAGAAAUUCGCCAAUACGAGAACAAGGGAUGGCUUGCUAUCGACUUGCCUGUUACUCACGUUGAGGGCUUGUUUCAAACGCAGUAUCACGAACAUGAGCGGGAGGGUGAGCUCAAAAUUGGUUGCGAUCAAUACUACGUGCCAAGGCAUCUCUCAGAACACAUCGACUACAUCGUGCCUGGCAUCAAGCUGUCACCGCCAAUGGUGAGGCGAUCGCUGGAAAGGGUUCCGGAUACCAGCUCACGCAAGUAUAGAAAGGGCUGGAGGCCGAAGCAGAUGCCCCCCGAUCUCCUGUCCUUGGUUAAGAAGCCCCCGACUACUCCCAAGUUGCCAGCCAACCUUCAGGAUUGCGCCCGCAACUUCACUGCCGUCUGUUACCGUGCGCUGUAUCAGAUCCCAGCCACCAGCCAUCCUGUCGCCGGACUUGAGCCUGCAGUGUAUGAGAGUGGUGACACAUUUGCUCAGGGCGAUCUCGACUCCUACUACCACAAAUAUGCGCCCUGGAUUGCCAACGGCACUCACCCAAGGAUCUUGUCUGUCGAUGGCGGCGAAGCUCCCGUGGCACCUGAUUCCGAGUAUAAUACCGGAGAAAGUGACAUCGACGUCAACAUUAUCCAGACCUUGGUCUGGCCCCAGACCAUGGUUUUGUACCAGGUGGAUGACCGCCUAUACACAACCGCCAACAAUUACUCAGGCUUUUUGAACCAUUUCCUAGAUGCUCUUGACGGGUCUUACUGCCACUCUACGGCUUUCGGAAUAACAGGAGACAGCCCGGGCAUCGAUCCGUCUUAUCCUGACAACCGACCAGGCGGCUACCACGGCACAGCCCUCUGCGGUGCUUACAAGCCAAACAAGGUUAUCUCCAUCUCCUACGGCGAGGGCGAGAUUGAUGUCCCCAAAAACUAUUUCCAGAGGCAGUGCAAUGAGUGGCUCAAGUUGGGCCUGCAGGGCACCACGGUUCUGGUCUCCUCCGGCGAUUUUGGAGUCGCCAUGCCGCCUGAAUCAGAUACUGCGACCGGCUGUAUCUCCGGGUCUGGUCAGAAUCAGACAAUAUACAAUCCUGGAAACCCCGUCUCAUGCCCAUACCUCACUUCUGUCGGUGCCACUCAACUUGAGCCUGGCACAACGGUGCUUGACGCGGAGGGAGCUAUGCAGACGAACCUUGGCCCCGGGGCUGAACUGUUCGCUUCAGGAGGAGGCUUCUCAAACUAUUUUCCUGCACCAGACUAUCAGAAAGCGGCGGUCAGUAAGUACUUCGCCAAACACGAUCCAGGGCACCCCUACUAUAUCGCCAACGCCAACGCGAGCAACAUUGGCGAGAAUGGAGGAAUCUAUAACCGUGCUGGGAGAGGCAUUCCCGAUAUCUCAGCCAACGGCGCCAAUUUUCGCGCGUUCAACAACGGAACCGAAGGCCACUGGUUCGGAACAAGCCUGGCGGCACCUCUGUGGGCCUCUAUCAUUACUCUGAUCAACCAAGAGCGCACCAAGAUUGGGAAAGGCUCUGUCGGGUUCAUCAAUCCGGUGCUGUAUGCGAACGUUGACGCCCUCACCGAUAUCAAGCAAGGAUCGAACCCGAAUUGCGGGACCAGCGGCUUCACUGCUGUGGAAGGCUGGGAUCCGGUAACUGGACUGGGCACCCCUAGAUAUCCCAGCCUGUUGAAGUUGUGGUUGAAGCUUCCAUAG